AUGUUUUUCGUUUUACUUUUAUUAGUCGUUAGUGUUGUCAAAGCCAACAAUUGGGAUACUUAUCCUCAAGUUCCUAAAACUGCAUCAAUCAAUGGAUUCGCUGAUCCAAUUUAUGAUGAUUUACCUGAAUGUGCUAAAGAUUGUGUAAAAGUAUCAACUGGUAAUACCCCAUGCCCUUAUUGGGAUACUGGAUGUUUAUGUGUUAUGCCUCAAUGGUCAGGUAUGGUAGCUCAAUGUAUUGCUGAAGGUUGUAAAGGAAAUGAUGUUCAAUCUGCUACUUCUUUAGCUUAUUCUUUAUGUUCUUCAGUUGGUGCUGAUAUAUGGUUAAUGCCAGCUUCCGUUACUGCCGCUUUAACCAAAGCUGCUGGUAAUAAUUACGUUCAAUCUGUUGAUCCUUCAAAUACUUGGAAUACUUUAAAAGAGUCGAGUUCUAUCACUGAUGGUGUUGUCGAAUCUACUGCCAUUACUUCUUCGGCUGCAGAAUCAAAUUCAAGUGAAGACGAAGAGUCAGAAUCAGAAUCAAGUGGCUCAUCAAGUAGUGCUACAUCUUCAAGUUCCCAAGCAGAAACUUCAUCAGGUGAUUCUAAAGGUCUUCAAGUCACUUUUAGUGUUGUUACAGUAGUUUUAGGUUCAUUAUUCGGUCUUUUCAUUUAA